CUCCGCCCAUACCCCUGUCUUUUACUGCGGGCGGCCCCGCGUGUCUUUCUUUUCCCACAUCAUGGCGGACCGGUUCAAUAAGGUUCUGAUCCUUGAUGGCCGAGGUCAUCUGCUUGGUCGUCUUGCCGCUAUUGUGGCCAAGCAGAUUCUGCUCGGCCACAAAAUUGUGGUGGUGAGAUGUGAGGGUAUUAACAUCUCCGGCAACUUCUACCGCAACAAACUGAAGUACUUGGCUUUCCUCCGCAAGAGGAUGAACACCAACCCUUCCCGUGGGCCCUAUCACUUCAGAGCCCCCAGCAGAAUCUUCUGGAGGACCGUAAGAGGUAUGGUUCCACACAAAACUAAGCGAGGGCAGGCUGCUCUGGAUAGGCUGAAGGUGUUUGAUGGAAUCCCCCCUCCUUAUGACAAGAGGAAGCGUAUGGUUGUCCCAGCAGCUCUUAAGAUUGUGCGUCUGAAGCCCACACGCAAGUUUGCCCUGCUUGGCCGUCUGGCACAUGAGGUUGGUUGGAAGUACCAGGCUAUCACCGCCACACUGGAAGAGAAGAGGAAGGAAAAGGCCAAGCUGCAUUACGUCAAGAAGAAGAUUGAGAUCAAACUGACCAAGCAGGCUGAAAAGAACGUUGAAAGCAAGAUUGCUAAAUAUACUGAUGUGCUUAAACAGUAUGGUGUCCUUGUUUGAGCUGUCCCUGAGCUGGUCAAAAUAAAUGUUUAUAGAAACUA